AUGGCGUUACUUCCGAUUUUGGGCACUCGAUUUGAAUUUACUCCUCUUAAUCUGCUAGUAUACUGUAUACUCAUUGAAGAAUGCUUGAAACAACAUUACAGAAGGACACAGGAUCCAAAACAGUUGCAACAGCCUCAUACUUCUCAUGCAUUUGCUCUUUCUCAAGUCAUGCCAAAUAACCUUAAUGGCGGGCCUGUUCUCCCGUCAGUUCUCUAUUAUGUUGUUCCGGUUGGUUUUCAAGGUCCGAGUGGGUUACCAGUUCUGAAUCACAGUACUAGACCACCUAUGCUUCCUGGAUCUGGUCCUAGUCCCACUCCUUCAGCUCCUAGUUCUUCCAAUUCCGUUCAUGGAACUAAUCUUCCCUCUGCUUCUUCCCCUCUUAAUCCAGCUGGGAAGGAAGAUACGGGAUCCCUAGAGCGGGGUCGUUAUCGGUACAAUCAAAUGUUGUCUCCAAGAAACGCAAAUCAGUCGAGUUUGCCUCCCGGGUCCCACUCGGUAACCGAUCGAGGUGUACGCAUGUUGCCAGCUGGAAGCGGUAUGGGUGUUAUGUGUGGGAUGACUAGAGGCAUCAAGAUGGAAAGACCCCCCUCUUCCUCCAUCAUGAAUUCCACCACUAGUUUGUUGACUUCCAGUACACCAACACCAACACCAACAUUUGUUCAAGGAAACUCCGUGUUGAGAUCACAUGACGCUAUGCAUAUGAUUCGGCCCAACCAGAACACGGUGGUGGCGGAACAAGCAUCACAAAGUCAACUCUAA